UGUCAAUCACCCGGAGAGCUAGGCUUUUCAUUGUGAAGUUAGGUUGAGCAGCGUUAGAUGGAGGAAGCUCCUUAAUGAAUGUUGAGUGUAUUCUGUGAGAGUGUGCUUAAUAGAGCCAUGACUGGAUUUCUUUGGUUGGGCAGCAUGAAUUGUGAAAGGUCAUGGCACUGAGUCCUGAUGAUGAAGAUUAUGACACCUCUCAGUCCAGGGCCUCAGCAAGACUAAAACCACGGCCUACCCCAUCAUCAGGACCCAAAAUACUUGUCCAUAAAUCAACAAGUGGAGCGCGCAGACGCAGGACACGAUGUCGCAAAUGCGAGGCUUGCCAACGCUCAGAGUGUGGCGAAUGCCACUUCUGCAAAGACAUGAAGAAGUUUGGAGGUCCUGGCAGAAUGAAGCAAUCCUGUCUCAAGCGGCAAUGUAUUGCACCCGUACUACCACAUACUGCAGUCUGCAAGAUUUGCGGUGAGGCAGGAAAGGAAGACAAUGUGGUGGAUGAAGCAGAGAAAUUUAAUUCUAGCUUAAUGGAAUGCUCCAUCUGCAAUGAAAUAUUACACCCAGGAUGUCUGAAGGUGGAGGAGUCUGAAGGGCUUAUAAAUGAUGAGUUGCCAAAUUGCUGGGAAUGUCCAAAAUGUAACCAGGAAGGAAAAACAGGCAAAAAGAGAGGCCCUGGGUUUAAAUUCGCCUCCAAUCUUCCUGGGUCUCUCUUAAAGGAGUUUAAAGAAGGUGAAGAUGGAGGGAGACGAAAAUCUGAAGACCUAGGACGUCCAAAAGUGGAGGAAUAUCAUCCUAACAGAAGGAAAUCUGAUGAUGGUCUGGGACUCAAACGAAGAAAAGAAAAAGAUUUACCAACUGAUUUGGGUCCAAGUAAAAAGCUAAGAGGUGGAAAGGAUGACAAACUUCUAAAGCGGAAGAAACGGAAAACAACUCCAGAUUCUGAAGAAUGCACUAAAGCAAAUCAUCUUGAAAGAUCAGCAGAUGCAGAAAGAAUAGAACGGAUACGACAAAUGAUGAAACGUGUCAACCGAAAUGAAGCAACCAGCUCUAGCUCUAGUUCUGAUUCAGACUCCAAUUCAAGUUCUGGUUCAGAUUCCAGCUUAGAGAGAUCAACAGGAAGUAGUGGUGGAUCUAGUCCAAGGUCUGUUGCAAAGGCUGAUAACCAAAGGUCCAAGCUCAGAAGGCUUUCUAAUGAUAUUUUUAGUGAGGAAGAUGAUGAAGAGGAGGAGGAAGAUGAUGAAGAGAAUGCAAAAAGUGUAAAAACUAAUUCGCUUUUGGCCUCAAAAGAGCGAGAAAAUAACUAUUAUUCCCUGAGAGGGGAGAGUAUGAAAAGAAACUCCUUUAGGACAGUGGAGGUUUCAUUGAAGAAGAAAAAUGGGCCAUCUAGCCAAUUUUGUCACAAAGUUCUAGGAGGUUUGCCUCGUCCUCCGAUACUAAGCAAAGUCUCUGUGCAGUCUCCUCCUAAGCCAUUUCAAAUGGAGCGGCAUGUGGUGCGACCUCCACCUGAUAGUCCUGAGCCUGAUUCGCUACCAUUGGCUGGUGGCUCAAAACAUGUGAUGCAUCGGGAAGUGUGGCUGGCAAUAUUCAGGUACCUCAGCCAUAAGGAUCUGUGCAUCUGUAUGAGAGUGUGCAAAACCUGGAGCAAAUGGUGUUGUGACAAGCGGUUGUGGACCACAAUUAACCUGAGUGGCUGCAAAUCGAUCACUCCAACUAUGCUGAGUGGGAUCAUCAGGAGACAGCCUAUCGUACUGAACCUUAGCUGGACAAACAUAUCGAAAAAGCAACUCAGUUGGCUCAUAAACAAAUUACAGAAUUUGCAAAUCCUAGCACUAGCAGGUUGCAUUUGGAGUGCAAUCUCUGCACUUUGUACAGCGAGCUGUCCCCUUCUACACAUGCUUGAUCUUCGCUGGGUGGAGGACCUCAAAGACUCCCAGAUGAAAGAGUUGCUUUCACCGCCUACAGAUUGCAGAGGAGGUCAGAACAAUGAUCAGAGCAAACUCUGGAACCUGACAGAAUUUCACUUAGCUGGUCUGGACAUCACUGACAUCUCGCUGGCACUGAUGACCCGUCACAUGCCAAUGUUGAACAAGCUGGAUCUCAGCCAGUGCAACCACUUGUCUGAUCAAUCCAUUGCCAUCCUGACAGCGCCUGGCUCAUCUAUACGGGAAACACUGACUGAAAUUGACCUUUCAGGUUGCAAUGGAAUAACAGAUCAGUGCCUAUCGCUGCUUAAAGACUGCCCAAAUCUUACUCUAAUUGACUUUCGGAAUUGCAAACUGAUUUCACCCCAAGCUUGUCAGCACCUUGUGGAAGGGCUGUCAGAUGUUGCCCCCUUUGAACUCUUGGAAGACAAACUAUUAAAGAGGAGAAGUUUACAAUUGACAAAAUAGCCUCCUGGUCGCCCAUAAGCCUUGCUGAAAUGUUUCUCCGAGUCCGGAUGGAGACAGUGCAGAUAUAACAUUUGAGAAUUGCCUCUGCCUGCUGCUUCGGGUGUGUGUGUGUAUUUGUGGGCCAUGCCGUGAUAGUUUGGAGUCGUCAUGGUGAUCAUGUCAUUCACUGCUGGCAAAGUCAGUGAUCCAGUGACUGCUGUACAGUUUUGGGGGGAAAUUACUGGUGUAAUUGCCUUCACUUAGAAAAUGAAGCAUGGUUUUGGAAAAAAAAUUGUUUUUGUAUUGCAAAUACAGGGUUCUGAGCAUUGCGCUCUGGUAGUAAACUCCUUCCCCUGCCUUCCCCUCCCUCCUUUUCCCUCUUGAAGAGAAAACAGUGAUAUGGUAGAUUUAGGGAAUAUUUUUUAAAAAUGGAACAUGGAGAUAUUAUGCAUGUUUGAAAAAAAAACACGAGAAAGCUUAAAGAUGGGCUGCAAUUUAAGUUUAGGAAAGACAGUUACUAUUUCCUCCAAGUCUAAAUUUGAGGAGAGGCCAAAAUAAUACCAAUGCUCCUAACACGUGUAGUUGAAUUAUACUUCUUCUGAAGAAGUGUAUGAUGGUUCCUUUGACAUUCCAUUUUGCUGUACUUCAGUUUUAACCUAUGAUGCAUAGGUUGAGAGGCAGCACAUUAUCUUAAUACUGAAAAAUAAAUUGUCAGUUUGCAAAACCUGGUUACUGAAAUAAUUCCUGGUAAUAAUAGACUUCAUUCAUUCCUGUUUUGGACUUUUGUCACCUGAAUUUUAUUCCUUUGAUCAAAACAAACUAGAUCAUAUGUUGAGGCCAAACUGAUUGCUAUGACACUCUAGUUCUGCUCAGAAUUGUGAAAAAGGGGUGUGCUGUGAUGUCUAACAUGUUUUAUUACAAAGUUGUAUUUUGUAGGGUGUGCUUUACUUAUUAGUGAUCUGCAAUGAUAUUGUGCAUAUUUCAUAGUAUUUUAAAAUGCACCAUGGCAGCCCGCCUGGCCUAAUUAAGGGGUGUUUUAAUCAGAGAAAUAGAAAAUGUGCAGCGAUUGCAUUUAGAAAAGAAAUGAGUACUUUGAAAGGAAUAAUUUCACCGUUAGUUGUUCUGUCUCAUUUAAAUAGGACAGACAAAAUGGAAGCAUGAUAACUUUUAGACCAUUAGAUAAAUAAACAUAUAGGACUUCUGACUCUGUACCAACUCGUUAAUAUUCUAUCAAUGCAGUUCCUGCUCAGGAACAGCAAUAUUGUAAGUUUUACACUGAUUCAUUGUCAGUGUAACAAUGAAAUAAGACCUUUUUAUGAAAAUCUGUGUUGUGUAAAACACUUGCUUUUAAUGACUAACUUUAAUUAUAACUAACCAUGCCUACCCAAACUUGCCUUGUGCCAGAAAGGUUCAUACAACUUGUUUACGUAACACUGUAAACAUGACUGAUUCACAAACAAUAGGACAUUUUAAAGUGCACCUGUAACACCUAGCCUGUAGAUAGCAGCAGAAAUUAUUUUUUUAAUCUAAGUAUCCUGCCAAAAACAGAACUAAAUAGAAACACUAUGAGCAGUUUGACGUACCACACAUUUCAAGAAACAGCUGAUACAAAUUCUGGUUUACUUCUGCUUACUGAGAAAAACCAUGUUUUAUUUGUUUGGCCUUGUGCUACUAACAUUGGAUAUAUGUUUUGUUAGUAAAUGUGGCUACUACCAUAAACUUAUGCAAGUGAAUUAGUCUGCUGCCCUGUCCAGAGAGGAGCCUUUAUAUUAACUGAACUGGCUCUCAAAGAUCUAUCUGAAUUUGUAUGUUUCAAAAACCCUUCUUCAAAAUUUAGAGUUCAGGAUGUUUGAUAUUUCUUACGUUAUCUGUAUGUAGGUGUUUCCUCCUUUGGAGCAAAGACUCUCAGCUUGUUUUUUCUUUAAAUUUAACAUGGGGCUCAUUUCUCAGUUUUCCACUGUGCAUAAACGUUUUUAUGACUUUGGUCAAACAAAUACCAUGCACCCAUCUUUAAGCUUCUAUCAUUAGUCUAUGCACUGUUGGAGAGGGUGAAUAAAUGUUUGAUAAAUGGAGGACUUUCCUUACAGCCUUGCUUAUUGUCUGGCUUCAAAAAUAAUGUAAACCCUCUGCUUGUCCUCGAUUGUAUCCUGCUUACAACAAAUAUUAGCAGCAAAGGAUUUCAAGUUCUGGUCACAGCAUGCUGUCUAAUGGUUAAAGCAGAAUAUCUGUUCUAUAUAUCUCUUCUUUACAAAAAAACACAUUUAUUGUAAGAGAAUGUACUAAAUUUCUGCCAGACCUACAUCCCUUAGAAUAUAGAUGGUACUUGAUUAAAGCAGCAGUUGUAAAAAUCUGUAUAUUAUUCUGAGGCCCCUGCUGCUUUCUAUAAGUAGUAGGGAGAUUGUUCAAGUUGGGUUUGAAAUAGAUUAAACUUUAAAGGGUGUGUAAUUAAAUUUAUACCUAAAACCAAAACAUUGACGGCUUUGUUUGAUCCAAAGAUAAAAUCGUCAGUAAAAAAAAUACUGAAAAUAAUGUGAUAUUCUAAAGAAAUUUUACCUUUUUUGAUCUGUUGUACAAAAGUAUUUUUUCUCUUAAACAGUGCAGCAUUUUCCCCUGUUUAUGCAUUCCCCUGUUUAUGCAGUGCAAGCUCUCAAACACAUUGGACAAUAGGCCAUGCUCCGUACGUGAAGAUCUGAAUGCGUACGACGAACAGUCAGCUGUAUUUGCUUAAUCUUUUAGUGUGACAACACCUGACAUAAAUGUUUCUUAAAGGACCAUAGGUGGGGUGUUUCUGUUCCUUGUUUGACAAUGGACUUGUUUGUUUUUAAUUUCAGCAAAAGUAUUUUUCUGUAAUCCUAAUCUUGUUUCUAAUUAUCUUUUUUUGUUCCAGUGGUAGUCGUCUAUGCUGUGGUUUCACAGAGGGAACCUAGGUCAGUGUGGAUUAUCAUUUACAUGUGUGCACUCUGAAUUCAAAUUGUGUGCAUAAAUAAAUUUUAUAUAAGUACA